UUACUCAGCAUUCAGUACACUUACUGUCAGCACACAGUGACCGAGUGAGGAAGGAGGAGAACGCUCUUGUCUUUCUCUGGAUCUCGCAGUGCUUGUGUGCAACAGAAAAACGCUGUUUAAGAGGAUAUAUCGAGAAUGCCAGUCUGAAGAUCUGCAGGAAUUAUUAAGCUGGAGCUACAAUGUCGUCCCAUGUCAAACUGAGAAGGGACAGAGUGGGGACAACGGACUAUGAUACACAGAUUAAAGAGGUGCGUCUGCAGCUGGCGGAGCAGUUGAGGAUAUUUGACGGUCAGGUGGAGCAGAAGACUCAGGUGUUCCAAGAUCUGAUUGAUUUUUUGCGCAGACGAGGCGAGAUCGAGGGGGAGUACGCCCGCUCACUGGACAAACUGUGUGACAGGUUCUCCUCCAGAACCAGGAAGAAGGAGCCCAGUCAUCAGACCGUGGUUAACUGCUGGCAGGUGCUGUUGAUGCAAACACGUCAGGAGAGCAGAGAUCACACUUUCUUGAGUGACAGCUACAGCAACAUUCUGCCUCUGCAGCUUUCACACUGUGUUGAAAAUGUCCAACGCCUGGCCAAGCGGAGCAGAGAGAUUUGCACCCAGUUACAGGAAGGACUUCUGAAGGUUACCACAGAGCUUCAUACGGCCUUGAAGACAUAUUACCAAUACUACACUGAGUUCCUGUCUGCAGAAAGCAAACUUAAGGAGGCAGUCAGACUGGAAGAAAAGCAGAAGCAAAGUGUUUCUAAAAAGAUGGAAAGACAAAAAGAGAAAAAGCGAAAUAAAGUUCAGGAGAUUCAGCUAAAGAGCACAAAAGCACGUAAUGACUACCUCCUCAACUUGGCUGCGGCAAAUGCCUGCAUGAACAAAUAUUACCUUCAGGAUCUCUCCACUCUCAUAGAUUGCUGUGAUCUGGGUUACCACCAGUCCAUAUCCAAGGUGUUUCGUUUUUACCUGGCCAGUCGCCAAUGGGCCCAGCAGAACUUGAGCACUAGUAUGCAGCAACUGGACACAACGGUGUCAGAACUGAACCAGAACCAGGACAGAGACACUCUCAUGCAGGCCAACAUCUCAGCCUUUUGCCUGCCCCUCCGCUUUCAGCACCAGCCCUACGAAGGCGACCAGGUGGUUGAGGUGUCGGCAAAGUAUGAGAUGAUGGGUGAGCUGGUGACUCGCUUCCAGCAGCUGCAGUCUAGGUUGACUUCAGUCACCACAGAUGUUGAUGAGUCUACCAAAUUACUUCAGUCAGCUCAGUCUUCCAUGUUGGAUGGUAUUGUCGAGGACACUUUUGCAUCUACCCCAGACUUUCCUACUUGCUCAUCAUCACCAGAGGGGAACAGUGAUAUAUCAGUCGUUAAGACCAAUCAGCUGAAACGUAGAGCCAGCUUUCCGGACACUGAGAUUUUGUACUUCUCGAAAGUCAGGGACCAUCUAUGUAACAGCUCUUUAAUAUCAAAACUGGAAGCCAAACAUGACCUGCUAAAGGUUGCCAUUCAGAAAGCUGAAAGUGUUGCCAGUAAUCAUUCCAGAACAUGCUCCAAAAGAUCUGUGCGUCACAAAAAGAGUUACCCUGGUACCCAGAUCAGCCAGAAGCUUUUCAAUGGGGAUCUACUAUCAUACAUCCAAGCAUCAGGACAACUCAUUCCUGCGAUUGUGGAGAGCUGCAUUCGGUUCAUCAACCUCAAUGGUUUACAUCAUGAGGGAUUGUUCAGAGUGCCAGGAUCUCAGCUGGUGGUGAAUCAGCUGAAGGAUGCGUUUGAGAAAGGCGAUGACCCACUCGCUGAUGGGGGGUGUGACAUGGACUCUGUGGCUGGAGUGCUGAAACUUUAUUUUAGAGGACUAGAGAAACCCCUGUUUCCUGAGGAAAAUUAUGAGCAGCUGAUGGAGUGUGGGCAAAUAGAUGACGAGACAAAAAAGGUAUCACAGCUGAAGUGUGUCAUCUCCUCAUACCCUGCUUCGCUCAUCAUUGUAAUGAGAUAUCUUUUUGCAUUCCUUCACCAUGUCUCCCAGUACAGUGACGAGAAUAUGAUGCAGCCCUAUAACCUGGCAGUGUGUUUUGGUCCCAGUCUGGUGAGGGGGCCAAACAACGGCGAUGCAGCAGAGCUUCAGCGCAUCAACGCACUGGUCAAGAGCAUCAUUAUCCAACAUGAGAGCAUCUUCCCUAGCCAGAAUGAAUUGCCUGGGCAAGUGUAUGAAAAGUGCAUGACAUUAGAAGAAGACGAUUGUGAGGCUGUAGCAGAAGAAGGAGAUGGAGAAUCAGAGCAAUCGCAAAUGAAAGAAGCAAAAGACGAGCUGCAGGGAGUGGCCUUGUUCGACUACACGGGCCGUUCUUCAAUUGAGCUGUCCUUUAAACAAGGAGACCCUCUCAUCCUACACAGCAAAGCCUCCUCUGAUUGGUGGAAAGGGGAGGUUAAUGGGACAAAGGGUCUCAUCCCAAUUAAAUAUGUCAGUGUGUCGUGCAUGGAUGGAGGCCAAGAUCAGAAGGGGAAGGAAAUUUUGAAAUCCAACACUGGCAGACAGCAGACAGAAGAAGAGCAGAAAGCAGAGCAGAAAGCAGAGCAAAGUACACGGCUGAAGGUCACAAGUGACAAAGCGGGAGUCGGGCCAAGUCAUGUCACAAAGGUUUCGUUGCAAAUACCCACAGGACAAUAUGCACAGCCAGGACAUUCUCCUGGAGCUCUGCGGAAAACAUUAGACCCUCAAAUGAGACGAUCCACUGCAGAGGGAGGAAGUGGAGAGGAACACUCAGCAGAAGUGGAUAAGAAUGUGCAUCACAUGAUGCACUCAGUGUUUAAGGAGCUCCUCAUUCGCCAAACUUCCCCAGAUCAAAACACAUCUGCAUCCUCAGAGAUCACCUCCUCUGUGCAAACGCUUCCAAACAAGGGAUCAGGAUGGAAAGGAAAGGGUUUAUUUAGAUCAGCUGACCAUACAGACUGAAAAAGAACAAGUGCAAAACAGUUAUAAAAGUGGGUGAAACAUCAGUUUGAGUGAGAGCUGAAUUCUCUGUUUGUGUUGGGGGUUUUUUAUUUAAAAUGUGUGUUGUGACAGUAAUAGUAUGUUCAUUAAGUUGCAUUUUUAAUUUUCUCAAGACACUUUGUUGUAACAAGCAAGUUUUUUUUUUCUUUUUCUUUUUACAUUUUUAAUUUAUAAUAUGAAAUAUGUAAGAAAUGUAAAACGCCACACAGCAAAGAUAUACCUAACAGUCCUGAGAUAUCAUGAAAGUCAGUACAGUUGCAUGAAUAGGUGUCAUGCCCAUUCAAAUUUAAUUGCAAUGGCCAAUCAGAGAUGUUCAGAUGAGUCAUCGCACGUUUUGUUCACUUGCUCGCUGACUGUACAGAUGUGCGUACGAAUGUAAGUAAUAUAUUCAUUUCACAGUGUAAACUGCUUCAGUGAUUUUAAUGGGAGUUUUGAAAGUGCCUGAACUCUGGCUAGACUGAAGUGAAAAUAUUCUUUGAUAAUGUGAAUGUUCUUUGCUCUCUGUAAAAUGAAAAUGUUAGUAACCUACAACAUUGUCAUAAAUUUCACAUUAAAUACAAAGUCAGAUGUAUUAAAAAUAUUUUAUGGCAUGACUACCGAAUAUUUAAUGGCAUGACUACCAUGACUAUCUGGUUUUUAUGUGUAGUUAAUAGAUUACACUAUUACUCUACUUUUUCCAUCACUUAUUAUAGUUCAAGUAACAAUCGGGUGCAGAACGCAUUUAGCUACACAUGUUUGGGAAUAGGCCUAUUUCCUGAUAUAGGCUAGUUAACAUAUUUGAAAAUAUUUCAAAUAAAAAGGAAAAAUUAAAACCUAAGCCUGUAUCAGUUAUACUGUGCUAUUGUAGCUGCUGUGUCACCUGACAAGCAUGAUGAGAUGGCCCCACCCCCAGUCGUGCCCCCUCAAAAAUCAUGAGUGCGUGACGCCCCUGGUGCAAGGCUGGGCCAAGUGUGCGAUCGCACAGGGCCUUAUGCCUCUAGAGGGCCUCGCUCCUGGCCUGCAAUUUAUGUUGUUUAUGCUAUUUUUAUGUUUUUCCACCCACUUUUUACUAAUAAAUAGUGUUUUCUGAGUCGGUGUGGCAAGGAUGAAGUUGCCGAUCCUGACUUUCCAUCUACUCAUUAGACGCGCCUUUAGAGAGAAGUGCAUCUUUACGGAAUAUGAUUUGAAUGAAAGGGUUUUUGUUUUCAGUAUGUUUUAUUUCAUUAAGUAGUAAUUUAAAGCUUUCUAUUGAUAUAUUUGUAGUGUCUGUGAGGCAUGUAUUCACUGAGUUUCAGUUCAUUUUUGUGAAGCGCACCUGUUCAAGAUGAGACGGCAGAAAGCACAUCAUGAUUAUUUUCUUGAUUUUAUAAAAAGUAAACACAACGUUUUGUUGAUAUUGUGAGUGCAGACAAAUAAAAGUAGACCCUACAGUUAGGCUAUAACUUAAAAACAUGCGAAUGUGCUAUGUAUGCAAUUUCCUGUGAAAUCUGACCCGACAACUCUAAAAUAUAAAUAAUUAUUAUUCUUAAAGUGUAUUAGUGUGAUGUAAAUUCAUGGUCUUAAAAUCUGGAAUGCAUUUUUUUUCUGUCCCAUUGAUAACAUUUUGUUAUUUUUAUGUAAAAAUGUACUUCACUGUAUUACAGCCUGUUAAGUCUUUAUUGAUGCGCUUAUAUGUGAAUCAUUUUGCGCUACUACAGUGCCCAGUGUUAAUAUUAAACAUAAUAGAUACAUUUGAA